UUAAGCCAGCUUUCCUACUCGUUUUUAACCUGAUUCCAGUUAAGGAAUUGGCCAGCAGUAAAUAGAUUGACAGACGCCCAAUGUUUCAUUGCUUCAAAUGCCCUCAAAUACUAAAUUAAUGAAAUAAAAGCAAGAGAUAAGAAAGUUUUUUUGUAAAAGUUUUUCGUUUUAUUGACUAUAAAAUUAAGCUGCUGAACGAAUGAAAAGGACUGUGCACAUAUAUUUACUUGGCAAACACGUGUUCGCGCAAUUUCCUUUGACAUCAAGUGAAACUGAAAACCGAAGAAAACUCACACUUAAUAAAAUAAUAAAUUAAACUGACUUCUUUUGUUUUUAUGGCAAAAGAGAAGCGAAGUAAAACUAACUAACUAACGAAAAAUAAGACAAGAGCGUAACCCCCAAGUAUCAUUGUUGCGAAACGAAAAGGGCUUAAGUGGAUAACCGUUUUUAGCUGUGCAUGAGGCAAACUGACUUUAAGUCGUAUAUGCGAAUAAGUUGCCGUGUUGCAAAGCGGACAACACAAGAUGUCAAUACAGAAACUUACUGAUGCUACGAAUUCCGGCUACGUUAGCUCAGAAGAAACUGAUUCACUACUGAUUGCCACAACGCCUAAAGGAAAACAAUCGGUUUUGCGACAAAUCAAAAUGAAUUCAGCUAAUGGACCAACAACGAACAGUAUGACUUCCACGUCGUCCAGUAAACCAACAUUGAUCCGCCAGGAUCGAACCUCAACAUAUCUAACUAGCCCGCAAUUAUCGCAGCAAACGCGGGUAGGAUCCGAUGAAAGCGAACGCAGCGGUAUUAUACAGGACGAAGAUAUAGAACAAGGUCUUCGUUCGUCAACAGUGCCUGACAUAGAAGUACAUCCCGAGGACCAAGAUCAUCAGCAGACUCACAAUCUACAUGUGCAACAACCGCAACAAUCUGCCAAAGCCGCAUCGACAAAUGCAUUAACGCAACAGUCACAGCAAUUACAACCGACCAUAUCGAUAACGAAUUUGAAUAACUCAUCGUAUCAGAUUCAAGAUAAUACAAAUUUAGUACCGUCAUCAUAUCAAAGUCUGACAGCCAAUCCUUCGCCUAGUGCACAAAGUCGUUGCCGCGCGUGCAGGAAUUGUAGCCGGCGUGCUUCGACUACACCUUUUUCGGGGCAAAUUGAUCGCUCGACGUCACGCGAUAGUGUUAAAAGUGCCUUUCAACAAGGAAAUUUGGGUGGAUCCGGUACAAUAAUUUGCGGAGGUUCCAGCAGCGCUUUACCGCACAAUGUACCGCCCGUAUUGGUAACGUCUUCGCCAACAAAUGGAUCUCGUAUUAUACGUCAAAGUUCGCAGCCCGAAUCGAGCACAAGUGCAGUAUUCUGCGGUGUACACAAUUCAUGCGGACACUCGCAUACCGUACCGAAUGUAUCUUUAAAGCAAUUACGUGAUACUAAUGCUGAUGGCAUUGCAGGCAUAGCAGCCGAUUCUCUUCGAAUUAACGGUGGCAUGCGUCCAUUCAAGCAGGGUGUUCUGCUAAUGCCUCGCACUUUGUCCGAAAGCAGAAAGCUGCGACUCAGAAGAGCUUUCACUGAGGCCACUAAUGAGACACUGCAUUGCUCCAAAAUGCUCCGCAAACCGGCAUCCACUCUUUCAAUUCCUGGCUCGAUGAAAACACCUUCCAUUGCGAAUCGGGAACAGAUCUCAUCAGGAUGCAACGAAGAAGCAGCAGAGGCGUUAGUUGGCAUAAAUACCGACUAUCCAAGGUAUGAAAUGUAUAUGGAGGAACGCGCUUUAACUGGCGGUAAUACAUCCCGAAAACCUUCGACAAAUUCCACUAAACACAAACCCAAUGUCGGCUAUCGACUUGGGAAACGUAAAGCUUUAUUCGAGAAACGCAAACGCAUCAGUGACUACGCUUUGGUCAUGGGUAUGUUUGGCAUUAUUGUGAUGGUUAUUGAGAAUGAGUUAAGCAGCGCUGGCGUUUACACAAAGGCAUCCUUUUAUUCCACGGCGCUUAAAACAUUAAUAUCGGUUUCGACUGUGAUUCUUUUAGGUCUAAUUAUAGCUUAUCAUGCUUUGGAAGUGCAGGUGAGAUUAUUCAUGAUUGACAAUUGUGCCGACGAUUGGAGAAUCGCUAUGACAUGGCAACGAAUUAGUCAAAUAGGUUUAGAACUUUUUAUAUGCGCUAUACAUCCAAUUCCUGGCGAAUAUUAUUUUCAAUGGACAACAAAAUUGGCAAACAAAAAUAAAACAAUUGGCACCGAAAUGGUGCCAUACGACGUAGCUUUAUCAUUACCCAUGUUCCUGCGUUUAUAUCUAAUAUGUCGUGUCAUGCUAUUGCACUCAAAACUCUUCACGGAUGCCUCAUCACGGAGCAUAGGGGCUCUAAACAGAAUAAACUUUAAUACAAGAUUUGUUCUAAAAACCCUAAUGACAAUAUGCCCGGGUACGGUGUUGCUAGUAUUUAUGGUAUCGCUAUGGAUAAUCGCCUCAUGGACGCUGCGGCAAUGCGAAAGGUUUCAUGAUGAAGAACACGCAAAUCUUUUGAAUGCAAUGUGGCUGAUAGCAAUAACGUUUUUAAGUGUUGGUUUCGGUGACAUUGUACCAAAUACUUAUUGCGGACGCGGUAUUGCCGUCAGUACAGGAAUAAUGGGUGCGGGAUGCACGGCCUUACUCGUAGCAGUCGUAUCAAGGAAACUAGAGCUGACGCGGGCCGAGAAACAUGUACAUAACUUCAUGAUGGAUACUCAACUCACGAAAAGGCUGAAAAAUGCUGCGGCGAAUGUUUUGCGUGAAACUUGGCUCAUUUACAAACAUACUAGACUAGUAAAACGGGUUAAUCCCGGCCGUGUAAGAACCCACCAGCGCAAAUUCCUUUUAGCAAUUUAUGCCUUACGAAAAGUGAAAAUGGAUCAACGCAAACUGAUGGAUAAUGCCAACACAAUAACCGAUAUGGCUAAGACUCAAAAUAGCGUCUACGAAAUCAUUUCGGAUAUGUCGAGUCGGCAAGAUACUAUAGAGGAACGGCUUACCAAUUUAGAGGAGAAAUUGCAAGCACUUCAAGAACAUAUGGAAAGUCUGCCAGAAAUUAUAACUAGAUGCCUAACGCAACAUCAGGAACGUUUAGAACAACGAAAAAACUUUUUACAUCCAGACACGGCUGCGGCAUCGCUGCAACCGCCACACACACCAACGCCCAUGUUCAAUCCACCAUCAAUGGUAUUUCCACAUUCAAGACCAAACUGCUUUUUGCAUAGAAGUGUUCCCUCAUCCAAUAAUGUUGCUGCUACAUACCAUUGGCCAACAAGUCCUAUAUUGCCACCUAUAUCUAGUAGAACUCCACAUUUAGUGCCUGACACUCAUAUGUCGUCUAACGGAUCUGCAGUUAAUAAUUACACCUCUUCCAAUAAGUAUGGCAGCUGAAUAGAAGAACACCGUUCCGCAGUUGA